GAGUGUGCGAGGGGUGUGUAGGUGAGCGCAGAUGAACUGCAGGUAAGUGUGAAGGGAAUAGUACGUGUGCAGGUGAGAGUGCAAGGAGUGAUGUGUGUGUGCAGGUGAAUGUUUAGUGCAUAUACAGGGUAUGGUGUGUGUGCAGGGGAGUGUUUAAGACUUGCUGCGUGUGCAGGUGGUCGUGCAGGGGUUGCUCUGUGUGCAGGUCUGUUUGUAGGGGCUGUCCAUGUGCGGGGGCUGGUCCAUGUUCAGCUCUGUGUACAGGGGUUGAUCUGUGGAGAGUUGUGUGUGCAGGGAAUGGUCCGUGUACAGGGAUUAGUCCGUGUUCAGGUGUGUGUGCAGGGCUUGGCCCGUGGGCAGAUGUGUUUGCAGGAGCUGGUCGAUGUGCAGGGGCUGGUCCAUGUUCAGGUGUGUGUGCAGGGAAUGGUCCGUGUACAGGGAUUAGUCCGUGUUCAGGUGUGUGUGCAGGGCUUGGCCCGUGGGCAGAUGUGUUUGCAGGAGCUGGUCGAUGUGCAGGGGCUGGUCCAUGUUCAGGUGUGUGUGCAGGGAAUGGUCCGUGUACCGGGAUUAGUCCCUGUGUAGGUGUGUGUGCAGGGCUUGGCCAUGGGCAGGUGUGUUUGCAGGGGCUGGUGCAUGUUCAGGUGUGUGUGCAGGGAAUGAUCUAUGUACAGGGAUUAGUCCGUGUGCAGGGAAUGGUCCAUGUACAGGGAUUAGUCCAUGUUCAGGUGUGUGUGCAGGGAAUGGUCCAUGUUUGGUCCAUGUUCACACGUGUGUGCAGGGUUUGGCCCAUGAGCAGAUGUGUUUGCAGGGGCUGGUCCAUGUUCAGGUGUGUAUGCAGGGAAUGGUCCGUGUACAAGAAUUAGUCCAUGUGCAGGGAAUGGUCCAUGUUUGGUCCGUGUUCAUGUGUGUGUGCAGGGCAUGGCCCAUGGGCAGAUGUGUUUGCAGGGGCUGGUCCAUGUGCAGGGGCUGGUCCGUGUUCAGGUAUGUGCAAGGAAUGGUCCAUGUACAGGGAUUAGUCCAUGUUGAGGUGUGUGUGCAGGGAAUGGUCCAUGUUUGGUCCAUGUUGAGGUGUGUGUGCAGGGAAUGGUCCAUGUUUGGUCUGUGUUCACGUGUAUGUGCAGGGCUUGGCCCAUGGGCAGAUGUGUUUACAGGAGCUGGUUGAUGUGCAGGGGCUGGUCCAUAUUCAGGUGUGUGUGCAGGGAAUGGUCCAUGUUUGGUCCAUGUUCAGGUGUGUGUGCAGGAAAUGGUCCGUGUACAGGGAGUAGUCCAUGUGCAGGGAAUGGUCCGUGUACCAGGAUUAUUCCAUGUUCAGAUGUGUGUGCAGAGCUUGGCCCAUAGGCAGGGGCUGGUCCGUGCGAGGCACAGCGCGCCGGUGUCCCCAUCCCCACGUUCCCUGUCCUGCCACAGCCGCCAUGGAGGUGAGCCACUCGGUGAGGGAGCGCACCAUCGCCGAGAACAGCCUGGUCAUCCUGCUGCAGGGGCUGUGCGGCCGCGUCACCACCGUGGAGCUGCGCGACGAGAGCGCGGCCGCGGGGCGCGUCACCAGCGUGGACGCCUUCAUGAACGUGCGCCUGGCCGAGGUGACUUUCACGGACAGGCAGGGCACCGUGUCCCACCUGGAUGAGCUCUUUGUGACCGGCAGGAACGUCCGCUACGUGCACAUCCCCGACGAGGUGGACAUCCGGGCCACCAUUGAGGAGCAGCUGCAGGCCAUCCACAGGGUGCGGUGCUUCGGGGGCCGGGACAAGGGCCGCAGGGAGUUCCUUCAUGCCAAGCACAAGUGAGCGCUGGUCCUGCCCAAAGCAGGCAGGAUGGACGUGCCACUUUGGUGGACUGCCCGCCCCCUCCGUGCUGGACAUCCCACCCAAGGACAUUUCCCCGGGAAGAUUCUCACCCAGAGACUUGGGGCUCUGCUGCUCCCCUGGCCGGUGCCUGCGGAGGAGCAGGGCUGUUUUUUUUAAAGAAUAACACCACUUAAA